AUGCCUGAUCUUUCAUCACUGGACAUCAGACUUGCCAGAGUCCCCCCGGUACCUGUCGAGGGAUCGGGAUACCGAAAGCGGGUUGGCCACAACUUCAUUCGAAUCCAAACCCAAGGAAUAUCUACGGCCGAGUGCCCGUGGGCGGACUACGAGAAGCGACUGCGGCAGGUCUUCGAGGCUUGGCGCGAGGCGGGGCUGGAGGAACCCGGGGAGCUGUACGGGGCCAUCCACCACGGAAACUGGUGUCAGCUAUAUCGAGAACUCCGCGAAGACGAUGAUCUAGCGGACCAGGCUCGGGGCAUCUACCGGUUCUCAUAUCCAAACGGGGUGGUCACAUUCUUUAAUGGUGUCUCCUUCCAGAUGCAGUUCUUUGACCAGGUACAAUAUGACCCCGCCCACCGUCGGAAGUUGCAGACACUUCGGGUGAGUAUCAAUCUGGACUUUGAAGAGUGA